AUUAUUACUAAACAAUUAGCUGGUGCGAUCUGACGGUAUUUGGUCCGAACAAAUACACUGCAUUAAGAUUAAAAUUUUUUUUCCAUAUUUUGUAAACAUUUUAACUCUAAACAUCUUUUUUAGUAUGGCAAAUCCAUUAGAAAACACAAAUUAUGUUCAGGACCAGCAUCAGCACCAACAACUUGCUCCAUUAUCUCAGUCCAUUCGUGGCAUUCGUGGGCGAUCAACAGUCUUCAUUGAUGAAUUAGGAUUUAAUUACUACCAACAUUCCAUCAGGAGAGAAAUUCGAUACUUGACAUGUGUAAAUCGGCGUUAUGGUUGUCCAGUGUCGGCAAAUAUGAAUAUUGGAGAUGGGUCUCCAAUACAUAUUUCUAACAACUAUGCCCAUCAUAAUCAUGAACCUGCACCACGGUACACAGUAGCCCAUCGAAAUAUGAUUAAUCGUUUACGGGAAAGGGCUACAACGGAGAAUACUGUUGCGCAGACAAUUGUUGAUGAAGAGAUGCUUCUAUAUCCUGUAGCAGAAAUGGAUUUAGGGAGACCAGCAGCUGUACGAAUUAUUGCAAGAGCUAGGCGCAGAGUAGGACCACCAAUUCCCGAAACACUGAGGGCUUGGGCAGAUGUGUUGAGGUCAGAAGAAUGGGGACCAAGACUAAACAACAUUAAUUUUAAUGGGUCUCUUGUUCCAUUUUUCCAAGGCCCAUUAGAAAUAUUGAACAACGACAAUUCAAUUCAAUUUGUAGGCAUAGUGUUUGGAAAUAUUGGUUUUUUGCGCGAGAUUGGUGUACAUUUUCGAAGUGUUAAUACAAUAUGUAUGGAUGGCACUUUUCAAGUACGACCAAGAGAACCAGCCGACAUAAACCAAAUAUUUACCAUUCAUAUUAUUAUCAACAAUGUGGCAAUUCCAAUAGUGCACGCGUUAUUAGUUAACCGCCAAACUGAAACAUACUGCAGAUUGUUGCAGUUUUUAAGACAAGAGCUUCACCUAAACCUGGAUUAUAAUAACAUUCAAGUUAUUAAUGAUUAUGAGCAGGGACUCAGAAAUGCCAUAACCCGGGUGCUUCCAGAAGCAAACAAUUCGGGAUGCUGGUUCCAUUUUAUUCAAGCCAUAAUUCGAUUUGUAAGAACGCAUAAUUUAACACAGAUAUGCACAACAAAUGAAAAUGCUCGGCGUAUUUUGCGAAUGUUGAUGGCGUUACCUCACUUGCCUGGGAAUGAAAUUAUGUUUCAUGAAAAUGUAUAUUCAAUACAAUUGGGAUUUAGAUUUAUACAAGACUUAGUCGCAGACUACAAUCUUGAAAUGGAUCUGGCAACAUUAAUGACUUAUUUUGAGCGCUUUUGGAUGGAUCAAGUAACUCCACUGAGAUUUACUGUAUACAGGCUUCAACAUAGGACUAACAAUUUUAUUGAGUCAUACCAUUCUUCGCUCUUACGGCUCAUGGGACAACGUCCACAAUUAUAUAGAUUUUAUGAUAAUUUAAGAGCAAUAGAACUUAGAGCAAGAAAUGACUUUACUAGAGCAUUAAAUGGUCAAAGAGUAAGACAAUCAGAUUAUAGGACAAACAACACAACCAUAAAUAAUGCGUGGUUUAAUGUGGAAAAUGGGAGGUACACGUUGGAAGACUUUUUAAGGAACGUUUCUUAUACUCCAGAACGGAUACUCAGAAAUGAAUUGGGAGAGCCAAAUUUUGAGCCACGACCCGCUGCUAAUGUUCAACCACUACCACCACCACAACCUCUUCAACCACUAAUAUUGGGCCCUCUACGUCCGCCUUCACCACUCCCAGUUUUGCCAGUUCAAAACAAGGCCAUACAUAUUCGUGGAAGAGGAAAUAGGGGAAGAGCAAAUAUAAGACGAGGUCGAAUAAAUGGUCGUGGAGUUGCAGAAGCUUGGGCAGAGUUUUAUCGUGAUCUAAACAAUGAACCAGUACUAGAACCACAAUCAGAUCAAGAAAUUAUAGAAAAUCCAAUUGUUUUAGAAGUAUGCAUAAUUUGCAUAGAAGGAGUGGCAAAUAUUAUAUGCCAGCCAUGUUGUCAUGCAUUUUGCAACACUUGUGUAACAAGACUCUUAGAGGAAAAUUUUAAUACUUGUCCAUUGUGCAGGAGAUAUGUAGACGAGUACAGACUACAGAGGAUAUGUACCAUAAUCAUAUUUUUUUAAUUUUUAAACAUACCUACCUAUUAAUAUGUAAAGUUAAAUUUAGUUUAAUAUAUAUAAACUUUCUAAUGUAAUGAACAAAGACUUUUUCCUUAUUUAAAUACUGUAUAUUUGUGACCUGUUAUUUUAUUUCCUAGUAUUUUAUGUCAUCUUGAGACUUCAUAUACGAUAUACCUAAAAUAUGUAUUAGGCAUGAAUAAAAUUGGAUUUGUGAAAAAUAAUGAUUCAAAUUUAAAAUUGAAUGCUGAUAUAAUUUAAAUAAGUAUAUGUUGUAAUGUACCUCCUAUAAUAGGUGAUUAUACUUGCAUACUGCAUAGUCAAUGUGAAAUAAAAUAAUAUCAAUGAUGUAACUGUGACCUAUUAAGGUAAUAUAACAUAUUUUAAUAUUUAUGGUUACAAU